GUGUUCUCACCGUGAUGACCGCAACCACGUGGUGAAGUCAGACCUAUAUAAAUCUCUCUUUCCAACCGGCUGCCUUCAGACGCGUGUGCGCGCAUUGGCAUAGGGACCAUUGUUUCCACCAGGAGGAAUGAAGGAGCGCGUAAUCUAAAGGGGGGAUAAGUUUUGCCUUCUCUUACAGCCGUGUGUCACAUCAUUCGAGCCUCUUGCCGUUUCUCAACCUCAGAUACUUGUAUGCGUUAGGACGCUAGGUAAAGUUUUGUACUGCGGCGUUUAUUGGUGCCAAGCGCGCGAGCCUGUGCGUCAGAGGAGCGACGAUGCGCUGUGCGGAGUGAGCGGAGGUUUGAGUUUCGCAUCUUCUCGUAUACGGUGAGCAGGAGUGAAAGGCGAGAUCGAGAUUUUGCGGCGCUCUGAUGUGGCGACGGUGCGCGCAAAAACUCCGCAGGCGACGCGUCUGCAAUCAGUCAGGGCACCCGCAAACAGUCUGCAGUGCUUUGAGAGUCAAAAACUUUUGCUAGGGCAUUAGAUGGCCACAUCAAUGGCUGCUUCAGUGUCCAGUGAUUUUGCGCUGUGUGAAGAUGAAUUACAGUGAAGUGAUCUGGAAUGAAGAUCUCGCUUUUUUCUCACGCACAAAACGAAUUUGACAGAUCAUUUCAUGCUGUCACCAUAGAUGGAUUGUCAAUAAAAGGAGACGUUUGUAUGCUUGAUAAUAGCGCGUAAAAGCUGUUAGCUUUUAUCUAAAUAUAUAUUUUUGAAAUGAUUGGGUGCCUACUUAACUUAAUUCACUAAAUAUCAUUGUUUUAGAAGUUCAAAAACAAAAGCACAAGAUGAACUUGUACGUCUUGAGUCUUCUGCUGACUUUGGAUUUAGCCACGGUGGCCGUCAGUUUAUCCACAUGCAGCACUCUGGACAUGGAUCAGUUUAAAAAGAAGCGAAUCGAGGCCAUCCGUGGUCAGAUUCUCAGUAAACUGAAGUUAAGCAGUCCUCCCGAGAGUUAUCCCGAGCCUGAGGAGGUGUCCAAGGACAUCAUCGCCAUCUAUAACAGCACACGGGACCUGCUGCUGGAGAAAGCCAACGAGCGCGCGGCCACCUGUGAGAGACAGCGCAGUGAGGAGGAGUAUUACGCCAAAGAAGUGCACAAGAUAGACAUGCAGCCCAUCUAUCCUGCCGAAAAUGUCAUCUUUCCAACAAUUCACAAAUCGUACUUCAGGAGGCUAUGGUUCGAUGUGAGCUCCAUGGAGAAGAACGCCUCAAACCUGGUGAAGGCAGAGCUGAGGCUCUUCAGGCUGCAGAACUCAAAGGCUCGCGUGUCCGAGCAGCGGAUCGAGCUUUAUCAGAUUUUAGCUCAUAAAGACAUCACCUCACCCACGCAGCGCUACAUUGACAGUAAGGUGGUGCGGACACGGACGGAGGGGGAGUGGCUGUCUUUCGAUGUGACGGAGGCUGUCAGCGAGUGGCUGCUACACAGAGACAGAAACAAUGGAUUCAAGAUCAGCCUGCACUGUCCCUGCUGCACAUUUGUGCCGUCAAAUAAUUACAUCAUUCCCAACAAGAGCGAGGAGCUGGAGACAUGCUUUGCAGGUAUAGAUGACAACUCGGACCGGAAGUAUAAAGCGCGCCGUGGUCACAGUGGUCAGUCUCCACACCUGCUGCUGAUGUUGCUUCCUUCAUACCGUCUGGAGUCCCAGCACAAGAGCCACAGAAAGAAACGAGCUCUGGACGCAGCCUUCUGCUCCAGAAACGUGCAGGAUAACUGUUGUUUACGCUCCCUCUACAUCAAUUUCAAGAAGGAUCUUGGCUGGAGGUGGAUUCACGAACCCGAAGGAUAUUAUGCCAACUUCUGUGCAGGAGCCUGUCCGUAUCUGUGGAGCGCAGACACUCAGUACAGCAAGAUCCUCGGCCUCUAUAAUACCAUAAAUCCAGAUGCGUCUGCGUCUCCAUGCUGUGUGUCUCAGGAUCUGGAACCCCUCACAAUCCUUUACUAUAUCGGCAGAACUCCCAAAAUUGAGCAGCUCUCCAACAUGAUUGUCAAGUCCUGCAAGUGCAGCUAGGAAGCGAUCACUUUCAUUACAACAAACACACAAUAACUCACGGACAUGCUGGGCAGGGUGUCAUGAUACAACAGAAUAAGUAUGCACCCUCGAACACCAAGAUGACAUGCAGUGUCCAUUGCGUGUCGAUUUGUGGACUUGUGCUGGAAACCGGACCCUGACGGCGUGCGUCACGUCACACACUCAUCACUCUAUGGAUGUGAGUUUGGCAAACACUGGAAGUACGUGAAAGGUGUUUAUAUGUGAAGCAAGCGGAAGAGAAAAUCCCUUGUUCCAACAUUUAUUUCAAACAAAUACUUUCUGCUAUUUUCUCAUUGUUGUUUUGGUUUCCCCAAUAAUAAAGUUGGUCUUCUGGUUGUUAUUUUGAUAUUUGGCUACAGUAGGUAAUGACCAGCCUCUGUGAGUGUAGGUGUCCAAUGCCGUAGUUUACCACUACUGCUAAAGAGCUUCUGGCAAACAUUUGUAGGAAACGGUUUGGUUUGCUGCAAAUCUGCUCCAAAUGAAGUGCAAGAUGGCCACAAACAAACUGUUUUGCAAUGGGUCACAGUUGGCAAUAGAAAGAUGGAAAAGUUUUCCUCAGAAGCACUAGGAUCACGACGUGAAAAAUUCAAGACCAGCAAGUUAUGUCAUUUUGAGCAACUAAAGAUAAUUUUGGACGCAUACACAAACGCUUGGCCAAUAAGUUGUAGGUACAGUUGCACUCCUCAGCGGCGGUAACCAAUCUUAAUACUCAAGGUAUCAUUUAAAGUCUGGGCUUUUAAAGCGCAUGUGUUCAAGUAGCUUGCUAUAAACAUGUCAACUUCCUCAGCGAGAUUCUUUUCAGAUUGUUGUUCUGUCGUGACAGUGGUUCGCCUAACAAAUAACCAUAAAAGACAGUUUACACUAUGGUACCACUUGCAGAAACUUAAUGAAUGCAGAUAUCCAAAAAUGUAACUCGAUUUUAACAGCAGAUCAAUUCUGAGUGCUUCAUGGAAGGGAAAUGGUAGAUUUGGCCUUACUUAAAGAAACUAUACUGUUUCAAAAUGCAGAAAGUGCAUUCAACUACACUGCUCACUUGGGUAUCAGUAUAGCGUUCUCCAAAUUUGAAUUUCAUUUGAUAAAUUCCUGCUUCCAUGAUCAAUAAAAAAUACACCUCACUUACAUAUAUUUUCUUUUACCUCAUACUUUCUGCAGGCAUGAACAGCACAGUCACAGUGUUAAUAAAUGUGGUGAAUUAUUUAAAAAAACCAAUUUACUCAGAAAGAAGACCUGUUUGUGCCAAAUCUCAAAGAUUUCGAUCAAUUUAAAUUCAUAUGGCUCACAGGUAGCACCCGGUGAAUCUUUUGAUCAUCAGAGCCACUUAUCACCAUGAAGAACAGGUGCGGCUGUGAUGUCACCAACACAAUGGUCUAGACUCUAGUGGGAGGAAGUGAUGUCAUGAGACAGGUAAAGAGGUCAUGGCAGGUAAUUCAGAUUGAUUUAAGAAGUGAGAGAGGAUUUGUGUAAAGUCAGAGAUGAUUCUAAAGAUAUAGGUUGUGUACGUGUGAUCCGUGAGGGAAUCUGGGUUUGUUUAAGCAGCUUCACAAAUGCACUGCAGCAGAUGCUGACAUCCAAGGUUUGAUUGAGAAACAUUUUCGCAUCUCAAGGUGUCUUCCUGAAUAUUUUAUUUUCUCUCAUUGGAAAAGAGAUUUUUUUAAUUACAAAAAUUGCACUGAAUAUUUUCAUGAAAUGUUUUUUUAUUUGUAACUAUUGUUUGUUGGUUUUUAUUCGUAGUUAUAGCUUCACCCACGUAACAUGAGUUGAUGAUGUGAGUGGCUUCCAGGUGGAGGUUCCUCUUUUAACUAGUUCGUAUCCAACCAGUUUAAGAGGAAAAACUGGUAGCAGUUUGAAAGAGCAACCUCGACCUAUGCCCAAGAUUUUAAAGUGACACUAUUUUAAUUUUAUUAGGGCAAAAAAAGCCAGUAGACUUCCUGGAAAUACAGGAGGUGGAAGGAGACACCAGCAUUGUCACACCAGAGCUGUUUAUUGUUAUUGUUGUCUAUGAUGAUGUCGAUAUUGUUGACCCACUAUGAUGUAUUAUGACACAUUUCUGUUGUGGUGCUCUAGUGGUAAAUAAAUUAUUUAAGUUACAAUGAAA